AUGCUCGCCCGACGCCUCCCACGCGUCGCCCGCCCCCUCGCCCGCCUCACGUCUUCUGCGGCGUCCGCCAACACCCCCGUACCCGCCCAAGAGGCCCCGUCCAAGGAAGCCGUCAUCGAGCAGGCUCCCAACUACCCUGCAACAUGGUCCACCAGCCAGCGACCACGCCCGCAGGGUCGCUCAGGCCCUCGCUUUGAGCAGACCAACAUGGAUCUGCAGCCGAACCCUCUCAGCGCGAUGCAGAUGAUUGCAGAAGAGCCCAUCCGUGUCGUGCAUGGCCGCAAGGCUGUCUGUGAUGGCGGAGGAGGCCCUCUCGGUCAUCCAAAGAUCUUUAUCAACCUGGAUAAGCCUGGUGCGAAACCUUGCGGAUACUGCGGUCUGCGCUUCGAGCAAGCACCGCACCAUGGGCACGAACAUUAA